GCCGUAAAACACAGAGAAGAAGAAGAAGAAGUAGGCGGUCUUGUUGUUGUGGGUGCAGAACGCCUCACUCCCUUUGAGAAUGCGUAUCGAAAAAUGUUACUUCUGCUCGGGUCCUGUGUACCCAGGGCAUGGAGUAAUGUUUGUACAAGACUGCAAGACGUUCAGAUUCUGCAAAUCCAAAUGUCACAGGAAUUUCAAGAAGAAGCGCAACCCCAGAAAGACCAGAUGGACCAAAUCAUUCAGAAAGGCAGCUGGAAAGGAAUUGACAGUGGAUAACGCUUUGGAGUUUGAGAAACGCAGAAACAUACCUGUUAAAUAUAACAGGGAGAUGUGGGACAAGACAGUGAAUGCAAUGAAGAGGGUGGAAGAAAUCAAACGGAAACGGCAGGCAAGAUUUAUCAUGAACAGAUUAAAGAAGGGCAAAGAAUUGGAGAAGGAAGAGGACAUCAAGGAGGUGAAAAAGAACAUUCACCUUAUCAAAGCCCCCCACGCAGGAAAAGCCAAGAAAAUGGAAGAGAAAAUGUUGCAGAAAUUACAAGAGGACGUGGACAUGGCGGGUGAAGAUGAUUAAUGUUUCUGUUUUUUAAGACAACUGAGUGUGUCUUUCUGGUGAACUCUACAUCUGUUUGGGCGCCAACAAUUGUGAAUGCGGUUGGAAUCUGCUGUGCAUUCAGUUUCAAGUGUUUUAAAUCCGCUUAAAACCCCUUCUGUAGAAUGUGUGCGUGCUUUCCACAAAAUUGUUGUUUACAUACCAUAACAUAUUCCAUUAAUGCAACAGCAAAAUAAAAAAGCAUAUUUAUCAAAUGUAA